AUGAGGAAAGGAUGGAGAUGAGGCAAAUGGAAUCAAAGGAUACAAAUGCAGAGAUCAGUCGGCCGAUCCAACGCGAAACGGACGUGCUGGAACUUAAUACGCGUUCACAAAUUUCUAGGAGGCAGUCCGGGAUUUAUGGGGAUGUAUAUCUAUCGCGGACGUGAGUUUUCGUGCCGAUGGGAAUUGAGGACAUCAGCAUGAGAAACGGACGGGCUCUCUCCGAUCAAUGGGCUGAAAGCGUGGUGGUCCGGCCCAAGACCACCGAACAGCACAUUACGGUGCAUAAACGACUCGUGCUGGGGUUUGCCGUCUCCAUCCUAACGCUCAUCGUCGUUACGGCCAUCGCCAUCACACUCAGCGUCAAGUUCGAGAAAUGCUCCGGAGAGAGCACUGUGCUCGCCGGUAACGGGUCCAGCGCCAAGUCCAACCAGUCCCGGGACAGUAAUUCCAGCCACAGAGACGAAGACUCGCAGCCGUGGCGACAUUUGCGGUUACCGGCGUCCUUGCGCCCUCGCCACUACGACCUCAAGCUGUCGGUGUAUAUGGAUAAUUUCACUUUCUCUGGGGAAGUGAACAUCGAAUUCGAAUGCAUGAACUCCACCAAGUUUAUCGUCCUGCAUACGGACAAGCUCGAGGUGGGCAAGGUGGCGGUGUAUUCGGACAAUAAAAAGCCAGGUGCCAUGAGAGUACACCGCCACUUCCACUACCCGGCCAGCCAGGUCUAUGUCAUUGCUCUGCACAGAGAAAUGAAGCCACUUAGGACGUAUAGAAUCAACAUUACCUUUGACGCUCAAAUAGAAAACGAACUUUUGGGAUUUUUUCGCAGCUCCUAUGUACUGCAUGGAGAGAGAAGGUAUGUCGCAGUGACCCAGUUCUCGCCGACCCACGCGCGGAAGGCUUUCCCGUGUUUCGACGAGCCCAUCUACAAGGCCACAUUCAGGGUGAGCCUGAGGCACGAGGGCUCCUACCAGUCCCUCUCCAACAUGCCGGUGGAGGCAUCCACCACGGACGAGGACGGCUGGGUCACCAACAGCUUCUCCAGGACGCCCCGCAUGUCCACGUACUACCUGGCGUGGGCCGUGUGCAACUUCACCUACCGAGAGGCAGUCACGGAUGGCGGCGUCGUGAUCCGGCUGUACGCCAGGCCCGACGCCAUUCAGAGCGGAUCGGGAGACUAUGCCCUCCACAUCACCAAGAGACUCCUGCGUUUCUACCAGGAUUACUUCAAAGUCAAAUACUCCCUGCCAAAAUUAGAUCUUCUUGCUGUGCCAAAGCACCCAUAUGCAGCAAUGGAAAACUGGGGUCUGAGUGUUUUCGUUGAGCAGAAGAUUCUGCUGGAUCCUGAAGUCUCAUCUUUCUCCUACCAAAUGGAACUCACCAUGGUGGUGGUGCAUGAGAUCUGCCACCAGUGGUUUGGAGAUCUGGUCACCCCUGUCUGGUGGGAAGACGUUUGGCUCAAAGAGGGAUUUGCCCAUUUCUUCGAGUAUGUUGGCACUGACUUCCUCUUUCCAAAGUGGAACAUGGAAAAGCAAAGAUUCCUCACUGACGUUCUUCACGAGGUGAUGCUGCUCGAUGGGUUGGCUAGUUCCCAUCCCAUCUCCCAGGAGGUGUUUGAAGCAGCCGACAUCGACCGAGUUUUCGACUGGAUCGCCUACAAGAAGGGAGCAGCUCUCAUCCGCAUGCUGGCCAAUGUCAUGGGACAGCCUGUAUUCCAGCGAGGCCUCAAUGAUUACUUAAUGACACACAUGUAUGGAAAUGCAGCCAGGAAUGACUUGUGGAACAAGUUUUCUGAGGCCAUGCAGAAGGAAGGGAAGGACAUCAGCAUAAAGGACGUGAUGGAUCGCUGGACUCUGCAGAUGGGCUACCCUGUGGUCACCAUCAGCAAGAAUGACAGCCUGGACCAUACCAUCACCGUCAUCCAGGAGCACUUUGUCUACGACACCGAAGCCAAGAUCCACCAUCCCGACCUUUUCAACAAAAGCUUUCAGUGGCAGCUCCCGUUGUCUCUGGCAGUGGGAAACUCCACUCACAUAUCAUCUGAGACGAUCAUCUGGGUCUCUAAUAAAACAGAGACGCAUCGAGUGGGCCGCAUAGACGAGGAGAUGUGGUUGCUGGGCAACAUCAAUCAGACAGGCUACUUCAGGGUGAACUAUGACCUUCACAACUGGAGGCUCCUCAUUCAGCAGCUGAUGAAUAACCCCAUGAUGAUAUCCGUGGGUAACCGGGCUGGUCUGAUCGACGACGUCUUCAACCUGGCCAGGGCUGGCUACCUUCCUCAGAAUGUGCCUCUGCAGAUUAUCUGUUACCUGUCCGAGGAGAGCGAGUUUCUGCCGUGGCAUGCCGCCAGCCGAGCCCUGUACCAGCUGGAUAAGCUUCUGGAUCGCACCGAGGACUACAGCCUCUUUAGUGACUAUGUGCUGAAACAAGUGUCACCCAAGUACCACAGGCUGGGCUGGCCAAGCAUGAAUCCAGACAAUUCCUUCCUGCAGGCUGCCUACCAGACAGAGGAGCUGCAGAGGGAGGUGAUCAUGCUGGCCUGCAGCUUUGGGAAUAAACACUGCCAUCAGCAGGCUGUGUACCUCAUCUCCGAGUGGAUCUCCAGCAACAAGAACAGGAUCCCGCCGAAUGUGAGAGACAUUGUGUACUGCACUGGCGUGUCUCUGAUGGACAAGGACGUGUGGGAGUUCAUCUGGAUGAAGUUCCACUCUUCCACGGCCAUCUCGGAGAAGAAAAUUCUCCUGGAAGCCCUCACCUGCAGUGACGACAGCUUCCUGCUGAACAGACUCCUCAACCUGUCACUAAGCUCAGACCUGGUGCCUGACCAAGACGUGAUUGACAUCAUCAUCCAUGUCGGUCGCAAUCCGCAUGGGCGACAUUUAGCGUGGAAGUACUUCAGGGAAAAGUGGGACAUGCUGAACUCCAGGUACGGCGAGGCCUUAUUUAUGAACUCUAAAUUAAUCAGCGGGGUGACGGAGUUUCUCAACACCGAGAGCGAGCUCGCCGAGCUGAAAGACUUCAUUCAGACCAGCGGAGGAGGGGCAGCGUCCGCGUUCAGCCGAGCUGUGGAGAUCGUCCAAGCCAACGUGAAGUGGCACAACCUUCACAAACAGCAGUUCUACCAGUGGCUUAGGAAGCCGCCCAACGGCUAACUAAAUGCCUCACUUGCAAGCUGUUAGCAUGGAAUCUCUAUCAUACAUUUAUAGACCAAUAACAGUGUGAGGAGAUAUGAGGAGGGUUUUGUUUUGCUUUUUGUUUUUUUCGGGGUGGGGGUGGGGGGGGCUGAUAGUCUGUAAAAUCAAGCCUUUUUGUUUCUCCCAGAAGAGGAAGGUUGCAGCUGUGAGGAAGCUGUAGAUGAGGGGUGGGUCGAAGGUGUCUUACUGCGAGCAGAAUUGAUAUUGAGUAUUGCGUGGUGGUGUCCAUCUCUAGUGACAUUUUUUUCAGAGUUCCCCACCCCUUUGUCCUCACACACACUCGUUUUUAUGCAUGAACAUCAUUUCCUUCCUCUAGUCACCCAGUCUGCUGACGUUUGUCCUUCUCCCGGAGGUUCCCCGGAGAGUCCCCGGAGGCUCAGGUUAAACGAGUUCACUAAAGUUUCUGCAGGCCUCAUUACUACAAAGGGUGGACCGCGAACCUCCACAAUAUACUAAUCUUAAACAAGCACAAAAUCAUCCAACAUGACAAUCAGUGUUUUGCUUGGAACAGUCAACAAGAAGGACCGUGGCGGUACGUUCGCUCUCUCCAGGCUGCAGGAGAAGGAGAGAAGAGUGGACUCCGGCGUGGCUUUCUGUUGUGUGUCACGGUCGUCACGGCGUCAUUGUAAGCUGUGUACCGAACGGUUUUGUGAAUCUCAGUCUGGGGUCAGUCACAUUCUCCAUGAGUCCCUACUCCCCUGGCGAGCCAGGCUGUGCCCUUUUUAUGUCCAGUGUAAAUUUAGAGUGGAAAAUAAUGAGUGUCAAUAUGUCCAUGUGCAGUGGUGCAUAGGGUGGAACAUGCUAUGUGUCAGUCAGUCAAUAAGGCAUUUGAGAGAUGCGCCGUCUCCAUGAUGCUGUUGCUAUACCAUGGCUGGUAGUCAUGGAGACAGAUUUGGGGAGGGGAGGGGAGGGGGGGUAAAAAGUAUAUGGAGGGUAGGAAGAAAGCAUGCAAUAUUCCUGUCUAAAAAUAAACAAAUAAAUGGAAAUCUCUUUCACUCUGAAAAUGGCAACCAUCAUUCUGCAACAGGCCAAUAAAACCUUCAGUCUUGUCCACAGUGUCAAUCUCACAAACAAAAUAGAAAGAGCAACUUUUUUUAUUUUUGCCUUGCAGCGCCUAGCUGCAGAAACAAACCCUGUCAUUUGUUCUGCUGGACAUUCUAUCAAAGUUCCCCUCAGCCAUGUGUGUAACAUCACGCUGUUCCAUCGUGCGGUUCCAGCCUCUCCUUCCGUCUUGUGUUUGAUCGUAAGCGCUUUCUUUUCUAAAUGAAAUAAAAUAUAUAUCCUCUGUGUUUUCAGCAGAGCAGUGUAGAAAUUUUACUGCUGACAAUAAAUUCUUUUGUAUGGUAAUGCAUUUAUGUCUAAUUAUGUCACUGUUGCUGAUGUUGGUCUGUGAAGGUUGAAAAUCUGAUAUUUUCCAGUGUUCC